GGGCGGGAAGGGGCGCGGCCCCGGGACCCCGCCCCGCGAGGGCCUCUCGGGCGCGCGGGCGGCGGGCGCACUCGGCGGACGCACGGACAGCAGGAGCGCACGUCCACUGCGGGGCCGCGGGUGGAGAGAACUUUCUCAGCUGCUGCAAAGCCGAGUUUCCGGGGGAUUGAGUCAGCCCACCAGGAACCGAAAAUGCCGAAACCAAUCAACGUGCGGGUCACCACCAUGGACGCGGAGCUGGAGUUUGCCAUCCAGCCAAACACCACCGGGAAGCAGCUCUUCGAUCAGGUGGUUAAGACCAUCGGCCUCCGGGAAGUGUGGUACUUUGGCCUCCAGUAUGUGGACAAUAAAGGAUUUCCUACCUGGUUGAAACUUGAUAAAAAGGUGUCUGCCCAGGAAGUCAGGAAGGAGAACCCCCUGCAGUUCAAGUUCCGGGCCAAGUUCUACCCCGAGGACGUGUCGGAGGAGCUCAUCCAGGACAUCACCCAGAAGCUGUUCUUCCUCCAGGUGAAGGAGGGAAUCCUCAGCGACGAGAUUUACUGUCCUCCCGAGACAGCUGUGCUCCUGGGGUCCUACGCCGUGCAGGCCAAGUUUGGAGACUAUAACAAAGAAACGCACAAGUCCGGGUACCUCAGCUCCGAGAGGCUGAUCCCUCAAAGAGUCAUGGACCAGCACAAGCUCACCAGGGACCAGUGGGAGGACCGGAUCCAGGUGUGGCACGCGGAACACCGUGGGAUGCUCAAAGACAGCGCCAUGCUGGAGUACCUGAAGAUCGCUCAGGACCUGGAAAUGUAUGGAAUCAACUACUUCGAGAUCAAAAACAAGAAGGGAACAGAUCUCUGGCUUGGCGUCGAUGCCCUUGGACUGAAUAUUUAUGAGAAAGAUGAUAAGUUGACCCCAAAGAUUGGCUUCCCUUGGAGUGAAAUCAGGAACAUCUCUUUCAAUGACAAAAAGUUCGUCAUUAAGCCCAUCGACAAGAAAGCACCUGACUUCGUGUUCUAUGCCCCCCGGCUGAGAAUCAACAAGCGGAUCCUGCAGCUCUGCAUGGGGAACCACGAGCUGUACAUGCGCCGCAGGAAGCCCGACACCAUCGAGGUGCAGCAGAUGAAGGCCCAGGCGCGGGAGGAGAAGCACCAGAAGCAGCUGGAGCGGCAGCAGUUGGAAACUGAGAAGAAGAGGAGGGAGACUGUGGAGAGAGAGAAGGAGCAGAUGCUGCGGGAGAAGGAGGAGCUGAUGCUGCGUCUGCAGGACUACGAGCAGAAGACCAAGAAAGCCGAGAAAGAACUCAAUGACCAGAUCCAGAGAGCCCUCCAGCUGGAGGACGAGCGGAAGCGAGCCCAGGAGGAGGCCGAGCGCCUGGAGGCCGACCGCGUGGCUGCACUCAGGGCCAAGGAGGAGCUGGAGAGACAGGCGGCCGAUCAGAUAAAGAGCCAGGAGCAGCUGGCUGCAGAGCUUGCCGAGUACACCGCCAAGAUCGCCCUCCUGGAGGAGGCACGGCGGCGCAAGGAGGACGAGGUGGAGGAGUGGCAGCACCGGGCCAAAGAAGCGCAGGACGACCUUGUGAAGACCAAGGAGGAGCUGCACCUGGUGAUGACGGCGCCGCCGCCCCCUCCGCCCCCUGUGUACGAGCCGGUGAGCUACCACGUGCAGGAGAGCCUGCAGGAGGAGGGCGCGGAGCCCAUGGGCUACAGCGCCGAGCUCUGCAGCGAGGGCAUCCUGGACGACCGCAACGAGGAGAAGCGGAUCACAGAGGCCGAAAAGAACGAGCGUGUGCAGCGGCAGCUGCUGACCCUGAGCAACGAGUUGUCGCAGGCCAGGGAUGAGAACAAGAGGACCCACAACGACAUCAUCCACAACGAGAACAUGAGGCAGGGCCGGGACAAGUACAAGACCCUGCGGCAGAUCCGCCAGGGCAACACCAAGCAGCGGAUCGACGAGUUCGAGGCCAUGUAGAGGCCAGGCCUGAGGGUCCCGGGCAGACAUGUCACACUUGGCUGUAUAGCACGCUAAUCUAGAAGCCCCUCAACAUGUUCCAGGUCCCUUAAAAAAAGCGGUCACCCAGCAGAAGUACUCUGGGUCAGGAACCAGCAGCAGCCUCUCUGGUUUGUUUUUCCCAAUCGUACGCUAGUGCCAAACAGGCCUGAUUUUUAUGAGAAUGAUUGAAUCACCUCCUGUUUUAUGCUUGGAGCAGGACUGAGGGAAUUAAGGAAAGAUUUCUGUAAAGCCUGAGUGACAAACCUCCUGCUGGCCUGUGAUCCAAGGUGCAGUAUCAUUAAAGAACCACACGUGGCUUACAGCUGUGCCAUACUUUUUCUGGUUUUGAAAUGAGCUCCCAUUGAUUUGUUCUUGAUUUCUGUGAAGGGUCCAUCUCUGUAUAUUUGUUUGGAGGGGUGGAAAUGAUUUUGAAAAUUGAGUCUACAGCACCCUCCCACAUCCAGUGAUUUCCUUUCUCCAGACAUUGCGUUCUGUUGGCAAAAAUCUGCAGUGGUCAUUCAGAAUGAACCUCGGUACAGGAGGACUCUCCGGUAAACUUUGGUUUUUUUUUUUUUUUUUUUUUUUUUUUGCUUAACAGUUAGAAUACACUGUUGGACUUUAUUCUUAAUUAAUGAUCAGCUUUAGAGUAUAGUAUUUAUAUAUGUGAUAAUAUGGGUUUGUAACAUUAGUUUUAAAAAGGGAAAGUUUUGUUCUGUAUAUUUUGUUACCUUUUACAGAAUAAAAUAAUUACGUAUUAAAAAAAAAAAAAAAAAAAAAAAAAAAACA